AGACACAUAAAGAUACACUUUGUUAACAAAGUUGUAAAAGAGUGAAGAAGAAGAGCUAGAGGGCACUAUAGCGCUAUAGAUAUAUACCCCCCAUUGGGUGAGCCAAAGACUCACAGUCACAUUCACACACACACACAGAGCAACUUCCUCAUUUUGUGGCUUUUCAAGCUUUUUUGCUCAGAGAGAGAGAGAGAGAGAAUACUGAGAAUGGAGGAGAGGCCAGAGACAGAGCUGAUAUCAAUACCAGCAACACCAAGAGCUUCAACGCCGGAGAUACAGACUCCGUCCGGUCAGAGGUCACCGAGGCCGGCGUCGAACAAGGAAGGGAAGUCGUCGACGGCAUGGACUCCGUCGUCGUUUAUAUCGCCGAGGUUUCUGAGUCCGAUAGGGACACCAAUGAAGAGGGUGUUGAUUAACAUGAAGGGUUACUUGGAGGAAGUGGGUCACCUCACUAAGCUGAAUCCUCAGGAUGCUUGGCUUCCCAUCACUGAGUCUCGUAAUGGGAAUGCUCACUAUGCUGCGUUUCAUAAUCUCAAUGCUGGUGUUGGCUUUCAGGCUCUGGUUUUGCCUGUUGCCUUUGCUUUUCUGGGCUGGAGUUGGGGAAUACUUUCUUUAACCAUUGCUUACUGUUGGCAACUCUAUACUCUGUGGAUUCUAGUUCAGCUACAUGAGGCAGUUCCAGGAAAGAGGUACAACAGAUAUGUGGAGCUUGCAGAAGCAGCAUUUGGGGAAAGAUUGGGUAUCUGGCUAUCCCUCUUCCCAACUGUUUACUUGUCAGCGGGAACUGCAACAGCUUUGAUUCUUAUAGGAGGGGAGACCAUGAAACUGUUUUUCCAGAUUGUUUGUGGGCCCCUUUGUUCAUCGAAUCCCCUUACAACAGUAGAGUGGUAUCUGGUGUUUACUUCUCUAUGCAUUGUUCUAUCUCAGCUCCCAAACCUCAAUUCUAUUGCUGGACUUUCCCUCGUAGGGGCUGUGACAGCCAUCACUUAUUCCACCAUGGUGUGGGUUCUCUCUGUAAGCCAACAAAGGCCACCCACAAUAUCUUAUGAACCCCUUCCAAUGCCGUCCUUUGCUGCUUCUGUCUUCUCUGUAAUGAACGCACUUGGGAUUGUUGCCUUUGCUUUCAGAGGCCACAAUUUAGUUCUAGAGAUUCAGGCAACAAUGCCAUCAACAUUUAAGCACCCAGCUCAUGUGCCAAUGUGGAGAGGAGCUAAAGUUGCCUAUUUCUUUAUUGCAAUGUGUGUUUUCCCUAUCGCAAUUGGAGGUUUUUGGGCUUAUGGAAACCUUAUGCCUUCAUCAGGGAUUCUUAAUGCCUUGUAUGGAUUUCACAGUCAUGAUAUUCCGAGAGGACUUCUUGCAAUCACUUUUCUGCUAGUUGUGUUCAACUGUUUGAGCAGUUUCCAGAUAUACUCCAUGCCUGUUUUCGACAGUUUUGAGGCCAGCUACACGAGUCGUACCAAUCGUCCUUGCUCAAUCUGGGUCAGGUCUGGUUUCCGCGUAUUUUAUGGAUUUGUCAACUUUUUCAUAGGGGUGGCACUCCCUUUCCUCUCAAGUCUUGCUGGUCUGUUAGGAGGACUUACUCUUCCAGUCACAUUUGCUUACCCUUGCUUCAUGUGGGUUCUCAUAAAAAAGCCUACAAAAUACAGCUUCAAUUGGUAUUUCAAUUGGAUCCUUGGUUGGUUGGGGAUUGCUUUUAGUGUGGCCUUUUCCAUUGGAGGUAUUUGGAGCAUGGUAAACAAUGGACUCAAGUUAAAGUUCUUCAAGCCGCCCAACUGAGUUGUAGGCGAAGAGUAGUUAAAUAGUGAAUCUGAGUUCUGCAUAAUGAAUGUUGGAAUUGUAUUAUGAUGUUUUAUAUACACCAAUGUAAGAACCUAAGCGCUAAUAGUAAACUGUUGUAAUGAUGAAUUCAUUCUCAACUUCCUAUAUAUAAUAUGGUCUUAAUGCGGAAUUUAGUUCCU